GAACCAGCCAAGAAAACCUUUGUCACAUUGGCGGAAUCUCCACAUUGACAGAAUCUCAAUUGCACCCUUCUCGCGUCCUCUUGCCUCCUUCUCCAAAUACAAUUGGAGGAGAAGGUCAUAGGGGCGGGACCUUUGGUUUUUUCAUCCAAAGGGUUUUGAGAAGGAGGCGAGGAGAGAGGACGCGAGGAGAAUACAAUUGAGAUUAUCUCAUUGUGAGGGGUUGGUUGCUGCAGUGCCGCCUCAGCCUGCCUGCCUUCAGGAAGUGGUCAGUGUUCUGUGUGGAUUUCGGUUCGGACUGUUUUUGUUCCUAAACAAAGUGCGAGUCAUUUCGCGUGGGCUGGUAAAGUAAUUUAGGUUGAAUCGAUUUAUCGUUUUGUUGUCAUUCAAGUCACCUAUAUUUGAUUAAAAUAUUUCGGAAUCUAUAAGAGAUGGGUCCUGGAUAACGAGAAUAUUCUAGAAACAGCAGAGAGUACGGGGUUUCGAUUGCGGGAAGGGGUGAGCAGAGGCCCGCGGCCGUCAAGGAGCUUAGCGAGGGCUGAAGUACGGACUCGCCGGCCAUUGUGCACAAAGACGGGGAGACGGCACUCAAAAUUAUACAUGUUUUGUAAGUAGUCGGUCAUUACUGGCUAGUAUAUAUAUUUUUUAUGUUUAAUUAUAACAAGUCAUGAGGCGCUAUUGUCAAUAUGUAUUGUUUGUCUAGCUUGUCAACAUAGCUGACUAACAUUAGGUAGCUAAAUUAGCUAACAAGCUAAUGACAUUCGCCAGAACCACUAGUAAUUUAGCUAGGAAGCUAAAGCUAGUUGGCUAACUGUUGUUAGCUUAGCUAACGUUAGCCGGCUAGCUCGAUAGCCAGGUAACGUUAACGUUACAUUGGCAAUUUAUCCAUGUCGUUAAUGACAUUAUAGAGAUCACCUGUUAACAUUUGAACGUUGAAUUGUCAGAUUUUUGAAGAACUGAUUGGCCAAUGAUCAUUGAUAGCCAAGUAACUCAUUUUAGCAUGUUAGCUAGCUACCAAACGUUAAGUAACUGGUCGUCACUAGCUAGCUAACUUGCCGCAUGAACAUGACGCCAUUGCAUUGAGGGUAAAGACUGUGGCAGAAAUGUACAUGAAGGUGUAAUGUUAGGUAUACUGUUAUAGCCAAAUGUGUAAAUUAAACAAAAAUAGUCUAGCUAGCCACUUAAAGACAUUGUAGUUAACGUUUGUUAGCAUUGUACCGAAGGUAACGUAAUGUUUUCUAGUCACAUUGUCUAGCAAUCCAGGGUAUAACAUUCAUAGGCAACAUCCAAGGCAAAACAGAUAGCUAGCUAGAUACAGUAGCUAGUAUCACACAGUGUUGGGAUACUCAAUAAGACAGCCACCACAAGUAUAAGUAUUGCAAUGUUUGCAGACAGAAUGCAAUCUGAUCAAUGUACAGGAAAUGUUUGAAAUUUGAGUUUAAUCUGAAAGGGGUGAGGUUUAAAAUGUGGAUGUGUGUAAAUGACCUAAUUGAUCAUAGUUCUGUAACCUACUAUAUACACCACAUAUCACACUCUUUAUGACUCUUACGUAGCUCUGUAACACUCAUUCAUUACUGUGGUGGUCCCCUGACUCUUCUCAGGACCCCUGAUUCUGUUCUGGGAGAGUUCUGACCUGUUACAUCGCCAAGAUAGCUGGACCGGGCAGAAAGCGGCACACCUCAGAACCAGACCCCAGCAGCGGCAGCAGCAGUGACGCCGGCGACGGGCGGCCCGUGAGCGCCAAGCGCCUGAAGAUGGCCAGCAGCAGUGAGUCAGGCCGGCGGAAUGGGGGUCGGCGCAGCGCAGAUGACAGCACCAGCAAGAAGAAGCAGAAGGACAGGGCCAACCAGGAGAGCAGGGAGGCCAAGCGAGCAGCAGCCGGGGCCAACGCAGAGCACAAGAAAGGUGAGAGGGUUGAAGGGGAGAGAUUUGAGGUGUGGUUAACUUGGUAAGGCACGAGGGUACGUCCCUGAGAUGUUGCUUUAUUAGGAUGGGUCGAGUGUUUGCUGAAAGCAAGCCUAUUUGACUGCGUUUACACGGGCAGCCAAAUUCUGAUAAUUUUUCCACUAAUUGGUCUUUUGACCAAUGCAUUACUGAGAGCACAUUGCCUGCCAUACAGGACAUCUACAGCACCCGGUGUCACAGGAAGGCCAAAAUAAUAAUCUAGGACCUGAGCCACUGCCUGUUCACCGUUACCAUCUAGAAGGUGGAGACAGUACAGGUGCAUCAAAGCUGGGACCGAGAGGCUGGAAAAACAGCUUCUAUCUCCAGGCCAUCCAACUGUUAAAUAGUCACCACCAGCCGGCCUCUUCCCAGUACCCUGCCCUGAGUCUUAGUCGCUGUUACUAGCCGGCUACCACCCGGUACUCUACCCUGCACCUUAGAGACUGCUGUCCUAUGUACAUAGUCAUUGAACACUGGUCACUUUUUAAUAAUCUUUACAUACUGUUACCCACUUCAUACAGUGAGGGAAAAAAGUAUUUGAUCCCCUGCUGAUUUUGUACGUUUGCCCACUGACAAAGACAUUAUCAGUCUAUAAUUUUAAUGGUAGGUUUAUUUGAACAGUGAGAGACAGAACAACAUAAAAAAAAUCCAGAAAAACGCAUGUCAAAAAUGUUAUAAAUUGAUUUGCAUUUUAAUGAGGGAAAUAAGUAUUUGACCCCUCUGCAAAACAUGACUUAGUACUUGGUGGCAAAACCCUUGUUGGCAAUCACAGAGGUCAGACGUUUCUUGUAGUUGGCCACCAGGUUUGCAAACAUCUCAGGAGGGAUUUUGUCCCACUCCUCUUUGCAGAUCUUCUCCAAGUCAUUAAGGUUUCGAGGCUGACGUUUGGCAACUCAAACCUUCAGCUCCCUCCACAGAUUUUCUAUGGGAUUAAGGUCUGGAGACUGGCUAGGCCAACUCCAGGACCUUAAUGUGCUUCUUCUUGAGCCACUCCUUUGUUGCCUUGGCCGUGGGUUUUGGGUCAUUGUCAUGCUGGAAUACCCAUCCACUACCCAUUUUCAAUGCCCUGGCUGAGGGAAGGAGGUUCUCACCCAAGAUUUGACGGUACAUGGCCCCGUCCAUCGUCCCUUUGAUGCGGUGAAGUUGUCCUGUCCCCUUAGCAGAAAAACACCCCCAAAGCAUAAUGUUUCCACCUCCAUGUUUGACGGUGGGAAGCUGUUCUUGGGGUCGUAGGCAGCAUUCCUCCUCCUCCAAACACGGCGAGUUGAGUUGUUGCCAAAGAGCUCAAUUUUGGUCUCAUCUGACCACAACACUUUCACCCAGUUCUCCUCUGAAUCAUUCAGAUGUUCAUUGGUAAACUUCAGACGGCCCUGUAUAUGUGCUUUCUUGAGCAGGGGGACCUUGCGGGCGCUGCAGGAUUUCAGUCCUUCACGGCAUAGUGUGUUACCAAUUGUUUUCUUGGUGACUAUGGUCCCAGCUGCCUUGAGAUCAUUGACAAGAUCCUCCCGUGUAGUUCUGGGCUGAUUCCUCACCGUUCUCAUGAUCAUUGCAACUCCACGAGGUGAGAUCUUGCAUGGAGCCCCAGGCCGAGGGAGAUUGACAGUUCUUUUGUGUUUCUUCCAUUUGCGAAUAAUCGCACCAACUGUUGUCACCUUCUCACCAAGCUGCUUGGCGAUGGUCUUGUAGCCCAUUCCAGCCUUGUGUAGGUCUACAAUCUUGUCCCUGACAUCCUUGGAGAGCUCUUUGGUCUUGGCCAUGGUGGAGAGUUUGGAAUCUGAUUGAUUGCUUCUGUGGACAGGUGUCUUUUAUACAGGUAACAAGCUGAGAUUAGGAGCACUCCCUUUAAGUGUGCUCCUAAUCACAGCUCAUUACCUGUAUAAAAGACACCUGGGAGCCAGAAAUCUUUCUGAUUGAGAGGGGGUCAAAUACUUAUUUCCCUCAUUAAAAUGCAAAUCAAUUUAUAACAUGUGUUUUUCUGGAUUUUUUUGUUGUCAUUCUGUCUCUCACUGUUCAAAUAAACCUACCAUUACAAUUAUAGACUGAUCAUUUCUUUGUCAGUGGGCAAACGUACAAAAUCAACAGGGGAUCAAAUACUUUUUUCCCUCACUGUAUGUACAGUGGGGGAAAAAAGUAUUUAGUCAGCCACCAAUUGUGCAAGUUCUCCCACUAAAAAGAUGAGAGAGGCCUGUAAUUUUCAUCAUAGGUACACGUCAACUAUGACCAGACAAAAUGAGAAAAAAAUCCUGAAAAUCACAUUGUAGGAUUUUUAAUGAAUUUAUUUGCAAAUUAUGGUGGAAAAUAAGUAUUUGGUCAAUAACUAAAGUUUCUCAAUACUUUGUUAUAUACCCUUUGUUGGCAAUGACACAGGUCAAACGUUUUCUGUAAGUCUUCACAAGGUUUUCACACACUGUUGCUGGUAUUUUGGCCCAUUCCUCCAUGCAGAUCUCCUCUAGAGCAGUGAUGUUUUGGGGCUGUCGCUGGGCAACACGGACUUUCAACUCCCUCCAAAGAUUUUCUAUGGGGUUGAGAUCUGGAGACUGGCUUGGCCACUCCAGGACCUUGAAAUGCUUCUUACGAAGCCACUCCUUCGUUGCCCGGGCGCUGUGUUUGGGAUCAUUGUCAUGCUGAAAGACCCAGCCACGUUUCAUCUUCACUGCCCUUGCUGAUGGAAGGAGGUUUUCACUCAAAAUCUCACGAUACAUGGCCCCAUUCAUUCUUUCCUUUACACAGAUCAGUCGUCCUGGUCCCUUUGCAGAAAAACAGCCCCAAAGCAUGAUGUUUCCACCCCCAUGCUUCACAGUAGGUAUGGAGUUCUUUGGAUGCAACUCAGCAUUCUUUGUCCUCCAAACACGACGAGUUGAGUUUUUACCAAAAAGUUAUAUUUUGGUUUCAUCUGACCAUAUGACAUUCUCCCAAUCCUCUUCUGGAUCAUCCAAAUGUACUCUAGCAAACUUCAGACGGGCCUGGACAUGUACUGGCUUAAGCAGGGGGACACGUCUGGCACUGCAGGAUUUGAGUCCCUGGCGGCGUAGUGUGUUACUGAUGGUAGGCUUUGUUACUUUGGUCCCAGCUCUCUGCAGGUCAUUCACUAGGUCCCCCCGUGUGGUUCUGGGAUUUUUGCUCACCGUUCUUGUGAUCAUUUUGACCCCACGGGGUGAGAUCUUGCGUGGAGCCCCAGAUCGAGGGAGAUUAUCAGUGGUCUUGUAUGUCUUCCAUUUCCUAAUAAUUGCUCCCACAGUUGAUUUCUUCAAACCAAGCUGCUUACCUAUUGCAGAUUCAGUCUUCCCAGCCUGGUGCAGGUCUACAAUUUUGUUUCAGGUGUCCUUUGACAGCUCUUUGGUCUUGGCCAUAGUGGAGUUUGGAGUGUGACUAUGUGAGGUUGUGGACAGGUGUCUUUUAUACCGAUAACAAGUUCAAACAGGUGACAUUAAUACAGGUAACGAGUGGAGGACAGAGGAGCCUCUUAAAGAAGAAGUUACAGGUCUGUGAGAGCCAGAAAUCUUGCUUGUUUGUAGGUGACCAAAUACUUAUUUUCCACCAUAAUUUGCUAAUAAAUUCAUUACAAAUCCUACAAUGUGAUUUUCUGGAUUUUUUUUCCUCAUUUUGUCUGUCAUAGUUGACGUGUACCUAUGAUGAAAAUUACAGGCCUCUCUCAUCUUUUUAAGUGGGAGAACUUGCUCAAUUGGUGGCUGACUAAAUUCUUUUUCCCCCCACUGUAUAUACUGUAUUCUAGUCAAGGUUCGUCCUAUACAACUACUGCUGUAAACACCUUUUCUAUUCAUAUACUGUCUAUUCACACCAUUAUAUUUAUUUAUACUCCGCAUCUAACAUUGCUCGUUCUGAUAUUUAUUUACAUUUUGGGGAUUUGUUUUGUAUUGUUGGGUGUUACUGCACUGUUGGAGCUAGAAACAUAAGCAUUUCCCUGCACCUGCGAUAACAUAUGCAAAAUAUAUGUAUGUGACUAUUUUUGAUUUGGCCAAUCACAUCAGAUCUUUUCACAUCAGGUCUUUAAAAAAAUAUAUGUUAUUGAGCUGAUCUGAUUUGUCAAAAGACCAGUUGGGGGUGGGGAAUAUCAGAAUUGGGCUACCUGUUUAAACACAGCCCUUAUGUUGAGCCUAUAUUUUAAUUUGUGUAUGACAUAACAUCUCAAUGUAAAAACCUGAUGAUAAAUGGGGGUGACUCGAGGUGUUGAACGGUACUUCAAGUUUGCUUUGUGUCAUCUAUGCAGUGUUUGCCUUUAGCGAAGAGGCAACACAUUUUUGUUUAACAUCCUCCAGUAAGAUGUUAGUCAUUUGCAGCCUUCUCUUUCAUUGUAGAAUAUAGAACAGGUCAUGUAACAUGUUUGUGUAGGCCUCAUGUCUUUUCUUUGUGUUACAAUGCGUCAUCUUCGGUCAUGUUGCUUUCAGUUUGUAAUGGAACAAUGGUAUGUGAAAGAUGGCUCUGUUUAUCCUCACAGGUAAACAUGCGGAUGCAAGAAAUAUCACUUCCCAUAACCCCUUGAAGAAGAACUUGAACAUAUUAUACUGAGUAAGAAUGUCUAGUACAAGACCCACUGCUGAGCAAAUGUACAGCAGCUAUCAAAUUGUAUUGGUCACAUACACAUAUUUAGCAAAUGUUAUUGCGGGUGUAGCGAAAUGCUUAUAAGAAAUAAUAUUUUCUUCUGGGCUAAUAAUUUAAGAAAUAACACACACAAACAAAAAACUGCAAAGUUGCUUAGGAGCUAGAAGCAGAGCUGCCAUGCCUGUCGGCGGCAUCUUGCAUGUCUAAGUAUUGUGUCUGAAAUUGAGAUGUGAUCGCUGAUUGAGUGAGCUCAUGCAUGAUCACCAGCCAUUCAUGUUUGCUAAUACAGUGUGGCCAAUAGCGUGGUUUUAGAGGCCGCCCUCUUGCUAAAUGCAUAUAGGGGAAACACUGGCUAAUAGCUGCUGUAGGUAGGUAUCAUGUGCUGAUGCUGAAGAGUUGUAAUCCUAGCUGAUGUAAGGCCAGACCUAGGGAAAACAGGCUUUGUCAAGGUCACGAGAGAAAGCUGCUGUGCCUCUUCCUGCUCUGCUCUCUCCGACCAGAACACAUUAGCCCAUUCAAUUCAGAGGGCUGACCGGCCGGCAUGAGUCUCCACCCACACAGCAUCCUCCUCUUGCCUCAUCUAGCUACCCUCGGUCCCAUUGUCCACACUAUAUCCUUUGUGUCCUUCCAAUGCCUUGGCUGUUGUCUAUGCCAUUCACUGAUACGCACCGAGCACCUCCCCAGUUUCUUUCAUAUUUUAGCGGUGUAACACAUCAGUAAAAUACAUAUCAUACUUUCAAUGUAUAUGUAACUAUGUGCAAGUGACAGGCCGUUCAACAAUUUAUAGAAACCACAAGUGAAAGACACCACGGACUACCCUAUUGGUAAGAGUAAUUUGGCAGUUUGUUCAAAGAAGGACAAAUGUCAAUACUAUGGUAAAAUCAUAGUGGACCGUAGCAGGGUUUAUGGAGAGGGGGGUCACAUGGAAUACAACCUGACUGGGAUCCCAGCUGUAGAGGGUGCGGUGUUGCCUGGGUCAUUCUACAGCUUGUGUGUGUGAGAGCGGUUCAGGAAGGAGAGGGAGAGAGAGGCUCAGGAAGGAGGAGAGGGGGGAGAUAAUUGUAUACAGUAUGUGUGUGAGAGGGGGGAAAUAAACGAGAUAGUCUGUAGUAAUGGUGAACAUGAGCUCUGUAGUAGACUGAGCUGAACUCGCAUACAUGGCACAUGCAUGACCUGAAAAAUACCGGGUUACCCGGGAGAAAAGGGAUUUAUUCUCGGGAUGGAACAUUUUUGUAAAAUACCGGUAAAAUAUUCAACCCUAAUCUAGUCCUCUGAGACAAACUAUGCUGAUCUGUUGUAGACCAUUCUAGGUUGAUUUGUGUACUUGCCUAACACCGUCACAGCAUGUGCUAUGGACAAAGUGUUCUAUUUUGCAGGUGAUCCUUGUGGUAUGCUGAGUGUGGUAGGCCUCUGACAAACUGUUUUGUCUCUGCUCGUUCGGUGCUGUGUAGAUGUGUUUGUGGACUGGAAGCAGAAUGCAAAUGAGGUGAUCGUGAGGCUGCGCUGUGGAGACGGGGUGCAGAGGGUGGAGGACGUCGCCACUACCUUCACCGACACGGACUGUCAGGCCCACUUCCCAGGUCAGAUCACAAGCUACACACACCUCAAACGAACUACGCCACCUACAUGUCUUUAUAGCCCAAGUGUAUGUGAUGCUUGUAUAGGCUACAUGUCCGUUUUAAGUGUGUAUGUGCGGAGAUGGCGUUUGAAUGAGGGAGUGUGUGUACGUGUCUUUGAUCUGCAUGGCGUUUAGUCUUUCACUGUGACCAUGCAGCAUUCGAGCUAGUCUGAUGGCCCGUGACUGCUCUCUCUUCAGAUGGGCGCCAGUGGGACUGUCAUCUGCAUGAGGAGAUUGAGGGCUCCUGCAGCAAAGUGCAGUACAAAGAGAAGGGUGGCUUCCUCCUUCUGGUCAUGCACAAGAAGAUCCCCUUCCACUCCUGGCCUUCCCUUAUGGUGAGUCUGCCAGCAGCCCUCCCUGCUGUAAUUGAGCAUAUGGGUCUCUCAUGCAAUAGCAUCAACUGCCAUCUUUUUGUAUGCCUAUUGCCUAUCCCUUGCGAAGGUUUCAACACAAUUCCUAAAGCAAUACAUAGAAAAUCUGCAACAUUUUGUGUCUUCUCUCUGUAGCAAAAUAAAAAAGAGAAGCAGCCUGUGAACGUGGAGGCCAAGAACGGCAAAGACCAGAAACAGCCGCCGCUGGUAAAGCCGCUGGUAAAGCCAGAGAAAUCUGUCCCGGAGAUGGCAGACAAGCCCAAACUGUCCACCCAGCCUUCUGCUCCACCGGCACAGAGCGAACAGAGGCGUAGCAAAGCAGAGCGCGGUGUCAAACGCACCAUGAACAACAAACCAGCUGACAGGCCAGAGGCUGGGGUGAAGGCUGCAGAAGAGGGGCAGACCAAGCCUGUCAGUGUCAGUAAAGGGGACCUGCCUCAGGAGCCCAGUGCCAAGCGCACCGUCCGUCCCCCAAAGGACCCCACCUCAGAUACACCCAGGGAUACACACCCCAAGUCCACAGCCAAUGGGAAACCACACAGCCCUACUGCCACUGGCCGGGACCCACAGACAUCUACAGCUGGUAACAAUCGAGCUGAGCUACUAGGAAACGGCCAUGAGGGUACAACACCUGAGGUAGCCGUCAGCCACACGCAGCAGGAGUUGAAAAUUCAGGUGAGUCCCAGUUUCUCUAGACUGCACCAUCUCACCAGGCACUGAGUACUGUGUGGGUUCAAAUGUGUUUGUGAUUAUCUGCUGCUCUGCAUCUGAUUGUAAACGCCCAUUAUUGUUUUAGAUGGAGGAUAAGAAGGCCCCAGAGUCUGAUUUCAAGGCUGGGGCAGAAGAGGUAAUCGUACCGGCAGCCACUGUGUCCACUGCUGGGUUCAGCCCCAAGGCUGGAGCCUCCACAAACACCAACAGAACAGAGAGGCCAGGGGAGGCUGAGAGGACUGACUCUGAGACGCUAGUGAGAGCGUCUCAGAAUGAGGCUGACCAGGCCACUGAGAGACUAACACCAACCAAACAGUCAGGAUCAGGGGAGCCUAUGACAGCAACACCCACCAAGCAGGCUGAUUCCCCCAGCAGCAGCAGCAGCACAGAGGAGGAGAAGAGGGACAGGUCUAAAGAGGAACCUCUGGAGAUGAAGCAGGAGGAUGGUCAGUGGACAUCUCAAAAGGACGAUGAAAUUCACGAAUCUGAUUUUAAGUGAACAUUUUUGUCACGCAAAUAAUUUGUCAGGAUAGCUCAAUGCAGAAACAUGGCUAUAGUACUGUGGUUUGUGAGAGAAAUGACAGAUCAGUUGCCGUGAGGAUAGAGUCCGUGGUCUGCAUACAGUGAUCUGAAACGUGACGCUGUGGUUAUCUUUUAGCAGUUCCAGAGCCAAUGGUGAACCUGAAGUUGCUGAAGAACGACUCGUACGAGAAAGGGACAGACCUGAUGGUGGUCAACGUGUACAUGAAGGGCAUCUUCAGAGAGACGGUCAGGGUGAUCUUCAGGGAACAGGACUUCACACUCCUCUUCCAGACCAGGUAACUUAGUCCUUCUGACCUUUCACCUCGGUGGCCUUAGUGGAUCUUAAUUACAUUUUAGUGGUGUUUCCGGCUUACUGAACCCUCUUCCCUUUCAAACAGCGAUGCAAAUUUCUUGCGCCUUCAUGCAGACUGCGGAGCGAAUACGGUCUUUAAGUGGCAAGUCAAACUCAGGUAAGACUUCGAAGUCCAACUUGGUCUGUGAGUUUGUGGCAUUUCUAUUGAUAUGUUUACACGGCCCCUUGGUUUUCAUUGAGACCAUGAGUCUGACAAGCUGGGAUCCUCUGUUGCAGGAACCUCAUCCAGCCUGAGCAGUCUACGUACGCCUUCACCCCGUCCCGUUUAGACAUCACCCUGAAGAAGAGGCACAGCCAGCGCUGGGGGGGCCUGGAGGCCCCCACAACACAAGGUCUUCCUGCUGCCUGGCUUCUACUGCACACGUUAUAGACAUCUGUUACACUAGCUGUCACACAGUUUGAAAUAUAGCAGGCCCUUAUAAAUAUUACACACACAAUGGCUUCCACACAAAUGUAUUAACUGACUUACUUUAUAUUGCUGUUUGAGGAGCACACUGACUGGCCGCGUUUCAGUUGAACCAAUUGACUGUAACUGACUGUAGGUCUAACCAGUAUCCUAGGAAACCAUUAGAGCUUGUCCUAAUGUGUCUUUAAGCAUGUGAAUUACGUGGGAGGGUUGAUACCAGGAUGUGUGGACCUAAUAUAUGAGUGUACAAAACAUUAAGAACACCUGCUCUUUCCAUGACAUAGACUGACCAGGUGAAAGCUAUGAUCCCUUAUUGAUGUCACUUAUUAAAUCCACUUCAAUCAGUGUAGAUGAAGUUAAAGAAGGAUUUUUAAGCCUUGAGACAAUUGAGACAUGGGUUGUGUAUGUGUGCCAUUCAGAGGGUGAAUGGGCAAGACAAAAUUAUUAACAUUUACAUUACAUUUACGUCAUUUAGCAGACGCUCUUAUCCAGAGCGACUUACAAAUUGGUGCAUUCACCUUAUAGCCAGUGGGAUAACCACUUUACAAUGGUUUUUUUUAAGUGCCUUUGAACGUGUUGUGGUAGUAGGUGCCAGGCGCACCGGUUUGCGCCAAGAACUGCAACGCUGCUGGGUUUUUCACUCUCAACAGUUUCCCGUGUGUAUCAAGAAUGGUCCACCACCCUAAGGACGUCCAGCCAACUUGACACAACUGUGGGAAGCAUUUGAGUCAUGGGCCAGCAUCUCUGUGGAACACUUUCGACACCUUGUAGAGUCCAAUGCCCCGAUUUUAAUUUAGGCUGUUCUGAGGGCAACUCAAUGUUAGGAAGGUGUUCCUAAUGUUUGAUCUACUCAGUGUGUAAAUGUUAUGCGUGACUGUGAUAGGCAGGCAUGUGGGUGUUUACAUUCAAGGCAGCACUACGGACAGGAAUCUGAGCACUGAAACUCAUCCAGUAACUCAGUGUGCUGCUCUCACAAGCCAACGGGUCUGAGUGUCAGUGCAGAACUGCAGUGCCUAGGUUAUGUCCUUAACUUGUAAUAUCUGUCAUUUUACUGGUGCUAGUAUCUCUUGAUAUACUUUACAAUGCUAGUAGGCAUAGAUGUAGUUGGUGUACUACUUUUACAAGUUUUCCAGCAGGUAGGCACUGUCACGUUUCUAGUAGUGAAUUAAAGGAAUCUCAAGUGCACAGGGCCAUUCCGUUCACUUGGCCGUAUGCAAUGUGCUUCUCUUGGUCCUGACAGUCGUUUGUCGUUGACCACAAGCUCAUCCUCCUCUGUUUAAGGUGCAGUGGGUGGCGCCAAGGUUGCUGUGCCCUCCGGACCGUCCUCUCAGACGAGUCAGCCGGGCAGCAGCCAGCACACCCUCCCUGCCAAGGAGGAGCCCCCCCGGGUGGGGGAGGAGAAACCCAAGCCCCCUCGGACAGAGGACGGAGGCCUGGACAGUGUGUCAGCCCGCACCGUCUCAGACCAUGUCCCCAUCAAACAGGAGCCUGUAGUCACGGUGAGGGGGGAGAGAGAGAGAGAGAGGGGGAGAGAGAGAAUAAUGAGUAGGGGGAAGGAAUCAUAUUUCUUUAUCAUGUUAUCCUAUGAGCCUUGAGGGUUGGUGUUUUUCCAGGCCACUGUGCUUCUGCCUCUGCUUUGCUUGCUCUUUGGGGUUUUAGGCUGGGUAUCAGUACAGCACUUGUGGCAACUGCUGAUGUAAAAAGGGCUUUAUAAAGUUGAUUUGAUUCAUGGAAUUUCAUCCCUAAGCCCAAGCCCACCUGCAUGGUCCAGCCCAUGACCCACGCUCCUCCUGCUGGCAGCCAGCGCAGCGUUGAGGAGGAGGAGGAGGAGGAGGAGAAGGUGUGUCUGCCAGGCUUCACAGGCCUGGUCAACCUGGGCAACACCUGCUUCAUGAACAGUGUCAUCCAGUCUCUGUCCAACACCCGGGAACUCAGGGACUACUUUCAUGGUCAGCUCCUCUGAUCUUCAUCUUUCCUCCUGUCUGUCAUUCGUUGUUUAAGCUGAUCACUUUUUAAAAUCCUUUAUGAAAUAUGUCUCUGGAGAUGUAAAUAUAAAAAUGAAAUGUAACGUUGUAGGGAAUAAAGUAUUUUCUAAUAAAAAAUGUUUCAACAUGCAAGUCAAUUUAUGAAACUUCAGUGACUGAUAUUAAACCACAUUAACUGUGUUCUCUCCCCGUCUUUGCAGACCGGGCUUUUGAGAAUGAGAUCAACUGUAAUAACCCGUUGGGGACAGGUGGUCGGCUGGCCAUUGGGUUCGCUGUGCUGCUGCGGGCGUUGUGGAAGGGUACCCACCAUGCUUUCCAGCCCUCUAAGUUAAAGGUGACAAUCCACUCUCCUGAGAGUCCUGUCUUUAACUCCCUCCUGUUAUUUAAUAAUAUAUAAUAGUAUAAUAUAUGCCAUUUAGCAGAUGCCCAAAUAACCCAAAUCGCCUUAGUCUUGCAUGAAUACAUUUUUACAUAUGCGUGGUCCUGGGAAUUGAACCCACUAUCCUUGCGUUGCAAGCGCCAUUCUCUACCAACUGAGCUACCACAACACCAUCAUGCCCUCCACACAGAUUUAAACCAAGCACCCAGUAUUAGGGUUACAGUACAGCCUUUAGUCUUCUCAUCUUUUCUCCAGGUGAUCGUGGCCAGUAAGAUGUUUUGGCUUUAUUCUCCAGGCGAUCGUGGCCAGUAAGAUGUUUUGGCUUUAUUCUCCAGGUGAUCGUGGCCAGUAAGAUGUUUUGGCUUUAUUCUCCAGGCGAUCGUGGCCAGUAAGAUGUUUUGGCUUUAUUCUCCAGGUGAUCGUGGCCAGUAAGAUGUUUUGGCUUUAUUCUCCAGGCGAUCAUGGCCAGUAAGAUGUUUUGGCUUUAUUCUCCAGGCGAUCGUGGCCAGUAAGAUGUUUUGACUUUAUUCUCCAGGUGAUCGUGGCCAGUAAGAUGUUUUGGCUUUAUUCUCCAGGCGAUCGUGGCCAGUAAGAUGUUUUGGCUUUAUUCUCCAGGCGAUCGUGGCCAGUAAGAUGUUUUGACUUUAUUCUCCAGGUGAUCGUGGCCAGUAAGAUGUUUUGGCUUUAUUCUCCAGGCGAUCGUGGCCAGUAAGAUGUUUUGUCUUUAUUCUCCAGGCGAUCGUGGCCAGUAAGAUGUUUUGGCUUUAUUCUCCAGGCGAUCGUGGCCAGUAAGAUGUUUUGUCUUUAUUCUCCAGGCGAUCGUGGCCAGUAAGGCCAGUCAGUUUACAGGCUAUGCCCAGCACGAUGCCCAGGAGUUCAUGGCCUUCCUCCUGGAUGGGCUCCACGAGGACCUGAACCGCAUCCAGAACAAGCCCUACACAGAGACAGUGGACUCAGACGGACGGCUGGACGAGGUGGGUGAAAUAGAGGUUUGAGCAGCACCAUACUCAAUUAAUCAAAAUUUUUUUUAUAAAGGCCUUUUUACAUCAGCAGAUGACACAAAGUGCUUUACAGAUACCCAGCCUAAAACCCCAAACGGCAAUCAAUACAGAGGCAGUCGUACUCAUAACGACACUGCUGUGUCACGGUUCCCUUCAGGUCCAGUUGUGACAUGGUGUGUCUGUUUUAACAGGUGGUGGCAGAUGAGGCGUGGCAGAGGCACAAGAUGAGAAACGACUCAUUCAUUGUAGACCUCUUCCAGGGCCAGUACAAAUCCAAGCUUGUCUGCCCCAUGUGCACCAAGGUAAGACACAAACAGGGGAAUUAUUGCAAUUCCCAAUAACACCUGUCUGACUAUAUCUGGGUGUUCAUGUUCAACUGUGUUUUUUUUUAUUGAGGCUCAGUGGGACUGGGAGGUGUUUCUGGUCUUUCAGUUUAUCAGUCAAACUCACUGGGAUGAAACCACAUAGUACUUCUGUUUGCUACGGCCGUCCACUCCUGAAAACAGACCAUGACUGUUGUUUUUAGGCAUGUCUGCCCCUUAGGUGUCAUGAUAAUGGGCAUUUAACCCCCUAAGAUCGAUGUCUGCUGAAAUCGAAUUAGCAUAAUAAUAACAAAUCCCCAUAAAGAUCUGUUAGUUUAAGCUAAAGGUAUCCGUUUUUUUUUUGCAUUGGAUGCGUCUCAAUCCGCUGCAUUCGACUAUGUCGCACUUCCGCAUCUCGCGGUGAAAGGUGACAAAGCUAGAGCGGUGUUUGUCAGACCAUGAGACAUCCCGAAAACUGGUCUUCUCGCAGAAUCGUCUGUAACAUCCAAACCGUUUGGGCUACACUAAAAUGUGAGAUUCUCACGAAGAUGUACAUGUCUGUUGUUUUGCUCUAGGACGCCCACAGGCCUCACAAGACUCGUCUGAAGGUCCCCCGGUAACAGUUGAAAAAAUUAAUGGAAGUAUACUGUAUAUGGAGACUGUUUAGUGCCAAAAAUAUGGGUUUAAAUUAGGGGUGUAACGAUCCAUCUACUACAUCGAUGUAUCGAUUUAUAUUCCUAUGAUCCAACUACAUCGAUCUGUGCUCGGCGAGUUGGCCUUUUGGACAACAUAUAUCGAUCUAACAUCGUUUUAAAAUGUAAUAAAUCGAUUGUAUCGAUACUAGGAAAUAACCCAUUGGAUUUAAGCACGUCAGACUUUAUAUGGAUGUUUUUUCUUAGCACUUUUAAUGAUAAAGGCUUUAAACAUUACUCGAUUCAGUCUGCCUAUCCGUGACGUCAUCGCGCCAACAGCGGCGCAAAGACAACAAAACAUAGCAUGGCGGACGACAGAGGAGAAGCCGACGAGCGAGAAAUUAUCAAGCCACCAUUGCGGUCCUUACAAGAAACAGGAAUCUAGGAAACUUCACCUGCACUGUCCAGUAUCCAGGUAUUUAUUUCAGUCACACUGGUUGAAUUUUUGGCUAAAAGGUUACUGAAUCGAUUUCAAGUCACUGAAUCGUUUCGGAUCGUAUCGUUCUAAAUGAACCAAUAUCGUCCUUGAAUCAUAUCGACAACCACGAAUCGUGAUACAAAUCGAAUCGUUGUUAAAACGAAUCGUUACACCCCUAGUUUAAAUACAUGGGCUAAAAGUAGUAAGACCCCCCCCAAAAAAAAAUUUCAUCAAAUAUAUAUAUUUUUCAAAAUCAAAUAGCUAAUUGAUCCUUGGUAUGACCUUCUUAAAACAAUUCCAUAUAGCUUAGUAGAAACCCCCCUCCCCUGGUUUAGACAGGGCUUAGACUCUGAGUUAAUAUGAUGCAGAUGAUUUGAGACUUGGGGCCUGGCUGUUAAGCUGCAAUGGAGGGAAACCUAAUUCAGUAAUGGAGAAAAAUGGACCCAUCAGAGUUAUUAGACGAAUUGAGGAUUGGUGUUGGUGGCUGGCUGUGUUGUAGUGGAAGAAACUCAUUUAUUUAGUGCUGCGAUAGGAAGUUCUACUUGACCUGUUUUGAAAAGUUCAAAUGUCCUUCCCUCUCUCUCUCUAGGUUUCCAUAACCUUUGACCCCUUCCUCUACCUUCCCGUGCCCCUGCCCCAGAAGCAGAAGGUCCUCACAGUGUUCUACUUUGCUAAAGAGCCUCACAAGAAACCCAUGAAGGUAAGAUGACAUAUUGGUUUCAUUCAGAUAGCAGAUGGCUUCGGUUUAUUAUUUGAUUUGACUGAUUUAUUUGACCAAGUCUGCUUCCUCUGAUUCUGGUGUGUGUCAGUUCCUUGUGAGUGUGAGUAAAGAUAACUCGAGCACAGCUGAGGUCCUGGAGUCCAUCUCUAGGAGUGUGAGGAUCAAGGCAGAGAACCUGAGACUGGCUGAGGUAGUGAAGAGUCGCUUCCAUCGGAUCUUCCUCCCAUCCCACUCCCUGGACACAGUCUCCUCCUCAGACAUGCUCUUCUGCUUCGAGGUGCUGUCUAAAGAGCUGGCCAAGGAGAGGGUGGUGCUGCUCAGAGUCCAGCAGGUAAAUGUCCAGCAGCCUUCCUUGCCGUCCUAUUCGAACCUUCCGGAACUAUAACACAAGUCCCUAGUGUGUUACCUAGUGUCUGUCUCUGUGUUCAGCUCAUCUGUCUCCCUGUCCCCCCGUCCAGAGGCCUCAGGUCCCCAGUAUCCCAAUCUCUAAGUGUGCUGCCUGCCUGAAGCCUCCUCUCUCGGAGGAAGAGAAACUGAAGCGCUGCACCCGCUGCUACCGUGUUGGCUACUGCAACCAGUGAGUCAACACACUAAAUAAAUGUCUGCUGCCUGGCGCUAAUGACACAGAGGCGAUUAAUGAGGAAAUAUCCCAAUAAUAACACACAAUGACACAGGAUAACUAUUUCAGAACUAUUUCCUGUUCUCCUAAAUGAUUCAUGAAUAAAAAAUGAAUCCGUUUAGUUUUUAAUCCAACCUAACUUUUUUUCCUUCAUGUUUCAGAGUUUGCCAGAAAAAACAUUGGUCCAACCACAAGGUUCUGUGUCGCCCCAACAUGGAGAAUGUGGGGCUUCCCUUCCUGGUCAGCGUCCCUGAGUCAAGACUCACCUACGCCCGUCUGUCCCAGCUGCUGGAAGGAUACUCAAGGUACCAUUGGGAUCGCUGGAAUUGAUGGAUGAUAUGAAUGCUGCUCUUUAGAUGUCAAUACAACUUGCUGCUUUGACAUUUUUUGGACUGUCACCUGAUUACAAUGUGGUCUCACCCUUUUCCCCAUAUCUCUGUAUAGGUAUUCGGUGAACGUGUUCCAGCCUCCCUUUCAGUCUGGCAGGACGUCCCCAGAGGUCCUCCAGUGCCGGGCUGACCUUCCUCCUCCAGCAGAGAUCUCUGAAGGUGUGGGGCCAGGGGAUGAGGCCAGGGGCGUUGGGGGUGGGGCAGGGGACUCUGAGCAGGAGAGCUCCUCUCUGGUCCCUGAGUCUCCACUAGAGACAGCCCAGGCCUCGGCACUCUCAGCCGGAGACCCAGACGCCCUCUCCACCCACACCACAGACUCAGGUUUCAUUGAGCCCUGCUCUGGCUCCCAGGACUCCCAGGGAGAGAAGGAGACCUCCUGUGAGAAGGCUGUCAGGCCAGAAGGUAAAGGCAAGCAUCUCAACAUCUCAAUAGUAUGAGAUUUCUCAACUGAUCAUAUGGACAAAUAUUUUUUUCACCUGAUCAUAGAUACACUAUAUAUAUACAAAAUUAUGUGGACACUCCUUCAAAUUAGUGGAUUCGGCUAUUUCAGCCACACCCGUUGCUGAUAGGUGUAUAAAAUCGAGCACACAGCCAUGCAAUCUCCAGAGUAAAACAUUGGCAGUAGAAUGGCCUUACUGAAGAGCUCAGUGACUUUCAACGUGGCACCAUCAUAGGAUGCCACCUUUCCAACAAGUCAGUUUGUAAAAUUUCUGCCCUGCUAGAGCUGCCACGGUCAACUGUAAGUGCUGUUAUUGAGAAGUGGAAACGUCUAGGAGCAACAACGGCUCAGCCGUGAAGUGGUAGGCCACACAAGCUCACAGAACGGGACCACCGAGUGCUGAAGCACGUACCACGUAAAAAUCGUCUGUCCUUGGUUGCAACGUCAGCACAAGAACUGUUCAUCGGGAGCCAAGCAGCAGCACACAAGCCUAAGGUCACCAUUCACAAUGCCAAGCAUCGGCUGGAGAGGUGUAAAGAUCGCCGCCAAACACGUUCUCUGGGGUGAUGAACCACGCUUCACCAUCUGGCAGUCGAAUCUGGGUUUGGUGGAUACCAGGAGAAUGCUACCUGCCCGAAUGCAUAGUGCCAACUGUAAAGUUUGGUGGAGCAGGAAUAAUGGUCUGGGGCUGUUUUUCAUGGUUCAGGCUCCUUAGUUCCAGUGAUGGGGAAUUUUAACUCUACAGCAUACAAUGACAUUCUAGACCAUUCUGUGCUUCCAACUUUGUGGCAACAGUUUGACAAUGUCCCCGUGCACAAAGCGAGAUCCAUACAGAAAUGGUUUGUCAAGAUUGGUGUGGAAGAACUUAAUUGGCCUACACAGAGCCCUGCCCUAAACCCCAUCGAACACCUUUGGGAUGAAUUGGAACGCCGACUGCGAGCCAGGCCUAAUCGCCCAACAAAAUGCCCGAUCUCACUUAUGCUCUUGUGGCUGAAUGGAAGCAAGUCCCCACAGCAAUGUUCCAACAUCUAGUGGAAAUCCUUCCCAGAAGAGUGGAGGCUUUUAUAGCAGCAAAGGGGGGACCAACUCCAUAUUAAUGGCCAUGAUUUGUGAAUGUGAUGUUCGAGGAGCAGGUGUCCUCAUACUUUUGGUCAUGUUGUGUAAGUCUUUCCUCUGUGGAUCACUCUGUGAUUUGUGGCUGUAUUUUCUGCUGUUUGUGUAUCUAGCUGCAGUGACAGGCUACCAGCAACCAUCAGAGUCUGCGUCCAGCCACGCCUCUCAGUUCUACAUCACCAUCCUCGACUCCAACAGCAAGGAGCAGACACUGGAGGAUAAAGGUCAAACCCGCCUGUGCAUCAUUCAACAUGGAACUCCUUUUACCAUAUGUGUUCUUCAGCGUCUUACUGUUGUUUGUCAUGUGUUCCCCACAGAAGAGGCAGUUCUGGACCUCCCUGAGGACUCCAGCCUGGAGCUGGUGUGGAAGAACAACGAGCGUCUCAAGGAGUAUGUCCUGGUCCGGUCCAAGGAGCUGGAGUUUGAGGAGGACCCUGGGUCGGUCAGCGAGACGGCCAGGGCUGGACACUUCACCCUGGAGCAGUGCCUCAACCUCUUCACCAAGCCUGAGGUGCUGGCACCAGAGGAGGCAUGGUACGAACAUACACGCAUAUUAACGUAGCCUUCAACAUACGCUAACAUGUGGACAUACUCAAAUAAAUGUAGCCCUACAGUCACACAAAGCCAUGCACUAACACACGUGCACAUGCACAGAUAACAUUCAAACGGUCCCACAAAGCCAUGCACUAACACACAUACACAAUUAACAUUCAGACUGAUCUCGUACUAAGUUAGGUUUGUAAUCCAUCAAAACACCACCUAACAGAAAUUCUCUCCCUCUUUCUCUCUGUCCCUAACCCCCUCUCUCUGACUCUCUCUCUCUCUGCCUCUCUCUCUCUCUCUGCCUCUCUCUCUCUCUCUGCCUCUCUCUCUCUCUCUCUGCCUCUCUCUCUCUCUCUGCCUCUCUCUCUCUCUCUGCCUCUCUCUGCCUCUCUCUCUCUCUCUCUCUCUCUCUCUCUCUCUCUCUCUCUCUCUCUGCCUCUCUCUCUCUCUCUGCCUCUCUCUCUCUCUCUCUGCCUCUCUCUUUCUCUCUGCCUCUCUCUCUCUCUCUGCCUCUCUCUGCCUCUCUCUCUCUCUCUCUCUCUCUCUCUCUCUCUCUCUCUCUCUGCCUCUGCCUCUGCCUCUCUCUCUGCCUCUGCCUCUCUCUCUCUCUCUCUUCUCUCUUGCUCGCUCCUCUUUCUCUUUCUCAGGUACUGUCCAAAGUGCCAGCAGCACAGAGAGGCCUCCAAGCAGCUGCUGCUGUGGCGUCUGCCCAACGUCCUCAUCAUCCAGCUCAAACGCUUCUCCUUCCGCAGCUUCAUCUGGAGGGACAAGAUCAACGACAUGGUCGACUUCCCCGUCAGGUACAUAUCAUUACAUAUUAUAAACACAACUUCUCAUAUUAGUCACUUAUUCACACUGACCAUACACUCAAUGACUUGGGGGGGUUUUCUUGUCUUUCAGGAACCUGGACCUCAGUAAGUUCUGUAUUGGUCAGAAGGACGACAUGCAGCAGCCGCCCAUCUAUGACCUCUAUGCGGUCAUUAAUCACUACGGGGGCAUGAUCGGAGGUCACUACACCGCCUACGCACGCCUGCCCAGUGCCCAGAACAGCCAGCGCAGUGAUGUCGGUGAGUGGCUCUGUUUGAAUGAAGUAGGAUAUACUGUAUUUUGUGACCAUGGCAAACUGGUUUAACAUGUUAUAUUCGUCAUACUGGUAAAAGAACACUGCCUCCCGCUACCCCGAUUCUCCCACACCCCCGCAGGGCGCACCGGCGGGCGCCCCCGGCGCGGAGGCCACCGGAUGCGCGCGCGGCGGCCGCAAACCUCCCGCGACGGCAGACCACGGCGCGGGCGCAAAAGCCCCACGCGAACCGCCACCGGGAGGGCCGAGAAGGCCUCCCACCGGAGCGGACGCCACAGCCGAGAGGCCUCCACGGAGAGGGAGCUCCAUCGAGAGGGGGACACGACCGCAGCGAAAGACCACCAACCCUUCCGACACUUCCUCCACCUCUUUCCUCCUCUCCCUCACCUUCAAACUUCCUCUUCCUCCACCUCCCCCUCUUCUUCCUCCACCUUCCUCCUCUACCUCCACCUCUUCCUACACCCUCCCUCUCCUCUCUCCCCCCCCCCCCCCCCCCCCCCCAAGGCUGGCGUCUGUUUGAUGACAGCACGGUGACGAUGGUGGAGGAGAGCCAGGUUGUGACGCGCUAUGCGUACGUGCUGUUCUACCGCCGCCGCAACUCCCCCGUGGAACGACCAGCUCGCUUCCUGGGGCCCCUGGGGGCCGAGUCCCCCACCGCUGCAGGAGCCACUACCAGCCAGGUGAGGGCGCCAUUCUCUACCGCUGAGACCCCCCCCCCAUCCUUAGGGACAUACCAGGAUCCAAACAUGACUCCCCCUCAACCCCAAACCCCUCUUUUGAGGUAGAUUUAAAUGUUCUGAGAUGACAUUUUUACCACGAGUGAGAUGUAAUGCUGUAUUCAUUCAUCUAUUCCUCUUCAUGGAGUGAUAUUUGGUUGCUUGCUUGUGGUGCUUUCAGAGAAAUGAGAAAUGAUCUCAGUUGCCAUUGCCAGAGGGGUAAUGUGUAUUCUGCUUCUAAAGCUAUAAUGAGAGAAAGACGAUGGAUCUAAUUUCAUUGCUCUAGGCCAUUGGUUUGUUCAUCAAGAGUUUUAUGAUAGUUUCUAAAUUGAAUAGGUGCUUGGAGAAAAGCUGUGCACACAUGUUUCAACUUAUUAACCUGAAGUCCCUUUCAUCUGAUUUGUUUUGGCUUCUAAGCGUCAUUGUUUUCUGUCCAAAUGCUGAAAACAAAGUUCAUUGCUUCAGGAUUAAUAAGUUACAGCUGUGUGUAUUCACAAUCAAGGCACAACUUUGUGGAAUGCCUGUGAAAAUGAUUGGGUGUAUGGUACGUUUUUCUUGUGCUCAUGAGUUUAUAUUCAGGGUGGGAGUCUGUCUGUGGUUACAAAUUAUCUGUGAUUUAAUUAAUCUAUUAGCUAACUGUUAAAAAUAAUGAUGUGAGGUGUCCUCAUGCUGUUCCUUGAAAGAGUCUGGCUUGUCCUUGACCCAGUGGCCUGUGACACCGUUAAUAAAUUAGACAGAGGGCAGUGGAUGGGGAGGGUUUGCUGGAGGUCUGGCUGUGGUGAGGUGGCGUUGCUUUACAACCAAUCCUUUCCCAGAAGCUGACACAGGUUUCCGCCGUCGCAGGCCUCUCUGAUAUGGCAGGAACUGGAGGAGGAAGAGGAGGGUGUUGAAGAGGGCCGCCGGGGCCUGUUCCGUCCCGGGCUGGGGAGGAGAAGAGCAGCCAGGAGGGUGGAGGGGGUGGAGGGGCAGGUGCGGCGGCUGCUGCUGCUCCAAAGGAUCUUGAAUUAUUCCGACGACGACUGCGUCCGAUAUUUCGUCCUGGGUACCUUGGCUGCUUUACUAGCGUUGUUACUGAACCUACUCUACAGAGCCAACUGGGGCUAAGUGGCCAUCAUCACACCCCACACAUACACACGUACGCUUAUACACUAAGAAAUGAAAAGCCUAAUGACCUAUCCAUGCCAAUAUAAAAAACAGUUUUUUUUUUUUAGAUGGCCUAUAAAUCAAUAUGCUGCUGAACACAUUAAAAAUGUAAAACUAAAUUAUACAGCAUAUCCAUUAAUCAAGCCUAGUAGCGUCUACUAGGAACGUUCCUCAGCAAGACUUGGCCUUAUUAUAUACCGCAGUCCAUAACUUAUGUCCGUAUAAUCUACGCUAAAUUGUAGUUCAAGCAUACUUCAACCCAACAGGCCUUUAACUUAUCCUCCCCUUAUUUGUGUCCAUGCCAAGUCUCUCUCACAUGUAGGUUUUUAGUACUAAAAUAUGAAAUGCAAAUUUUCUGAAUGGCUAGGCCUAUAUUUUGCAGAAGUGAUGCUGCUGAGAGGACUUGAACUAGGGUAUAGGGUUAAAGUCCUACUGUAAUAGUGUUGAGUGGGUGAGGGAAUAAGAUAUUGUAGUACUGCUCAUUCACAGAUAUGUAAUCCUUUAGCUCCAUCCCAGGAUGGUAUGAUGGGCAUUACUGCAUGCUUUGUUCAGUCAUGACUUUAUACUGUAACCUGAAGACAGCUAAAAUGUGUGUUUGCCUUCUCAAUGAAUACAGAGUGUUUAGACUUACUGUAAGCUAUUAUGUGCCUUUUGCUUGUUUGUCACGUUGCUGAUUUUAUUUUUGAUUUUAUGUUGUCAAUGGUAAGCUCUUAAUUCAGCAGUUUUAUUGCUUUCUGUCCACCAGGGUUGGGCUCAAUUCUAAUUGAAGGCCGUUAAUUCAGGAAAUGAUUUGAAUUUAAAAUUCAGAAAUGUGUGAACUUUUGAAAUAAAUAGCUUUUACUUUUCAGUUUAUUGAGAAGUCAUUGAAAAUAAAUGCCCUUUUUUAGAUGAUUGGAUUGCAAUUUUUGUUUACUUCCUGAAUUGACUGCCUUCAAUUGGAAUUUUUUAAAUUUCUUUAUUUAUUUAACCUUUAUUUAACCAGGUAAGCCAGUUGAGAACAAGUUCUCAUUUACAACUGCGACCUGGCCAAGAUAAAGCAAAGCAGUGCGAUUAAAAACAACAACACAGAGUUACAUAUGGGGUAAAAAACAUAAAGUCAAAAAUACAACAGAAAAUAUAUAUACAGUGUGUGCAAAUUUAGCAAGUUAUGGAGGUAAGGCAAUAAAUAGGCUAUAGUGCAAAAUAAUUACAAUAGUAUUAACACUGGAAUGCUAGAUGUGCAAGAGAUUAUGUGCAAAUAGAGCCCAACCCUGCUGUCCGUACGUUUUCCUUAUCCCUGUCAUACUAAAUGAAAGCCAUUUUUAAUUGUUUAACCUUUAAUGUGCUGCUUUGCAUUAAGUUUUUUUUUGUGAAGUAGCUAGCUACAGUGGGGAAAAAAAGUAUUUAGUCAGCCACCAAUUGUGCAAGUUCUCCCACUUAAAAAGAUGAGAGAGGCCUGUAAUUUUCAUCAUAGGUACACGUCAACUAUGACAGACAAAUUGAGAAAAAAAUAUCCAGAAAAUCACAUUGUAGGAUUUUUUAUGAAUUUAUUUGCAAAUUAUGGUGGAAAAUAAGUAUUUGGUCACCUACAAACAAGCAAGAUUUCUGGCUCUCACAGACCUGUAACUUCUUCUUUAAGAGGCUCCUCUGUCCUCCACUCGUUACCUGUAUUAAUGGCACCUGUUUGAACUUGUUAUCAGUAUAAAAGACACCUGUCCACAACCUCAAACAGUCACACUCCAAACUCCACUAUGGCCAAGACCAAAGAGCUGUCAAAGGACACCAGAAACAAAAUUGUAGACCUGCACCAGGCUGGGAAGACUGAAUCUGCAAUAGGUAAGCAGCUUGGUUUGAAGAAAUCAACUGUGGGAGCAAUUAUUAGGAAAUGGAAGACAUACAAGACCACUGAUAAUCUCCCUCGAUCUGGGGCUCCACGCAAGAUCUCACCCCGUGGGUUCAAAAUGAUCACAAGAAUGGUGAGCAAAAAUCCCAGAACCACACGGGGGGACCUAGUGAAUGACCUGCAGAGAGCUGGGAACAAAGUAACAAAGCCUACCAUCAGUAACACACUACGCCGCCAGGGACUCAAAUCCUGCAUUGCCAGACGUGUCCCCCUGCUUAAGCCAGUACAUGUCUAGCCCCGUCUGAAGUUUGCUAGAGUGCAUUUGGAUGAUCCAGAAGAGGAUUGGGAGAAUGUCAUAUGGUCAGAUGACACCAAAAUAUAACUUUUUGGUAUAAACUCAUCUCGUCAUGUUUGGAGGACAAAGAAUGCUGAGUUGCAUCCAAAGAACACCAUACCUACUGUGAAGCAUGGGGGUGGAAACAUCAUGCUUUGGGGCUGUUUUUCUGCAAAGGGACCAGGACGACUGAUCCGUGUAAAGGAAAGAAUGAAUGGGGCCAUGUAUCGUGAGAUUUUGAGUGAAAACCUCCUUCCAUCAGCAAGGGCAUUGAAGAUGAAACGUGGCUGGGUCUUUCAGCAUGACAAUGAUCCCAAACACACCGCCCGGGCAACGAAGGAGUGGCUUCGUAAGAAGCAUUUCAAGGUCCUGGAGUGGCCUAGCCAGUCUCCAGAUCUCAACCCCAUAGAAAAUCUUUGGAGGGAGUUGAAAUUCUGUGUUGCCCAGCGACAGCCCCAAAACAUCACUGCUCUAGAGGAGAUCUGCAUGGAGGAAUGGGCCAAAAUACCAGCAACAGUGUGUGAAAACCUUGUGAAGACUUACAGAAAACGUUUGACCUGUGUCAUUGCCAACAAAGGGUAUAUAACAAAGUAUUGAGAAACUUUUGUUAUUGACCAAAUACUUAUUUUCCACCAUAAUUUGCAAAUAAAUUCAAUGUCAGAGCUUUACGACUGUUUGAGCAAAAUAAUACGUGCGCUGAUGUACAGUAUGAAGCUGAGUUUAGAAGUGACGUCAGGUCAUUAGAAGGGAGAUGCCGUCCAAAUAUCAAUGAAAUUUGCUACAUUUAAUGAUUAUCUGUGUUGCUGGUAUAUGGACUAACCUCUGUAAUAGUGUUGUAGUAAUAUGUUCAAGUCUCAGGGAUAUCACAGUGCGUUCUGUCAUAACGCUCCCCCUUGUGAGUGGGUUUAGAGGCCAGGUAUAUUCACUAUCAGCUUUAAAUGCCCAGUAUGUCUCACAGUGGUUUAUCCGAGCGUGAUGGUAUGCAGUACGUAUUUCAUCUUAUUUAAAAUGCAUUUUCUCUCUGUCUCAGUGAACUGUCGACCCAGGAUAUGUGAAUGAUCUAGGCUACCUACAGAUGGCAAAGAUUCCCUAUGGUUGUGGGUGUAAAGUGAAAGCUAUUGAUGUAAGGAAGUGUAUAUUUUAUAGCAUAAAUAUUUUCAAGAUUGCUUGUAUACGCUGUAUAGAAAUUGUACGAUUUUAAAUGUAAAUGUAAUCUUAAUUGUAAAAUCGUAAUCUUAAAAUCGCUCUGUCAAUGGAAUAUUUUAUUUUAAAAGAAAGUGGGACAUUUCCCAGCAAUAAAGCGUACAGGUCCUUCUAUCUCAAUGCUGCCCCAAUAAACCAACACUUGUACUGCUUUUCAAAAUAAAAUGUCAACCUUUAUGCUGUCUUAAUGAAUAUUAUUUUUCAAUCAGUUUCUCUCUGGAAUCUUUUGGAUGUUAUUUCAAACAUGGAAAUUGUCCAGCCAAUUGGAACUGAGUUUUGUUUUGUGUCUGCAAGGAAUGGGUCAGUCCAGUGCUUUUGGUUUUGGAUUGUUUACAGAUAAGACGGGCCUGGUCUUCCUGAAAGUGAGCUGAUCCAGAGAAAAGCAUGAUUUGUAACACUGGUUUAUUUUACAGGCCUCUAGCCAGGCACUCUUUGGGACCAACCUGGACCCUGAAGGACCCCCUCCGCUGACCCCAGAGGUGACCUCUGAGCUGUUUGGACACUCUGGAGAAUGUGCUGCUCUGUCCUACAGCAACAUGGAGGAGGUGGACUAAGGCAUGACUGAGGCUGAGGUUCCACCGCCCUGGCAUAAGUUUCCAGCUGUGGAUCGUUGCCAGCGGCAACAUUGGGAAAUAUACUCCUCAGUAAACAACACUUCAGUGCUUACUAAUAAACUGGGCGUCUUGAAAAGCGUCCCCUCAGUGGUGCAAUGCUAAAAAUGGCAGUAGUGCUUUUGUGGGCGAAAGGACCAGCACAUGUAACCACAGAUGUGGUGGACAUACCAGCUCAUGCUGUAUAUGUAGUAAUAUUCAUGCAACAGAUUUCCUCACACAUACUUAUCACACGUGUUUGCACAUACAACAAAAGCCUCCACACUCCU